GUAUGUGUGUACCUAACUUUAUCCAAUAUAGGCUUGCGAGGCGCCAGCGACACAAAAUGAAUCAAGUCAUUACGUUUGCGAUGACAAUGGUGAUAUGAAAUGCCUACCCGGGUGGAUAGGUGACCUUUGCGAUGUACCAAUUUGCAAAAAAGGCUGUGAUCCAAUUCAAGGAUACUGCAAACGGCCAUCCGAAUGCCGUUGCAAGUUGGGAUUUUACGGCGAAAUGUGCAACAAGUGUAUAGCACUGCCCGGCUGCCAACACGGUUACUGCAACAAUAGUUUCGAAUGCAAGUGCUUUGAAGGCUGGGACGGCAUAUUCUGUUCAGAACCGGUAUGCCACGAAGACUGUCAUCCAAGUAAAGGGUAUUGUGACUGGCCAGGAGAAUGCAGGCAAGUUUAAUUUAUUAGUCAUUUG